CGCAGGGUGAUCGGGGGAAUCUCGACCUGUCAAACUGUGGUGAAUCUGAAAGCUGUGAGGAUGACGUGAACGACAUAUAUUCGGAUGAGCAUCGCUAGAGUACGAGGAUGUACGAGUUGCAUACACAUUGGGUCGAGUUGUUACGUGAUGCUUGCGAGUUUGCAGGGGACGUGUGCACCUGCGCGGACACGACGCUCGCGGUGCGAUCUCGUCGUUCGAGCUAGUGCGACCAGAGGUAUUUUGCAUCCUGACGAGGAAGCCUUGCUGAACGGCCGGUUCGUCACACACGAACUUUAAACGAGCAAGAGAGAUUUGCGUCUGUCGAUAGCCCUUCGAAAGGAUGCGAUUCCUCACGGGAUACUUGGCAAUAAUCUCACGUUAAAAUAUCUAUUUGAACUUGCAUUAUUAAUCGACAUCUGCAAAAAUAAUUUUGAAGAUUACACUGUGAAUUACGUUGCUCUCGCUUUCUUCCGCUACGAUUGAGCACUCAAAGUUCUGUGAUAAUAACAACGGAAGGAAUCUCUCGUUUUCUGGGAGGAAGAGAUGCCACCGAGAGAUAUUGGUGCAAUGUUGAAACAGCAUUUCUCUGUUAAUUAACAUUUGCAAUUUGUAUUUUUAAUCUUUCCGUAAAUAUUAUUCAACAUGGAUAACAUUUGGAAAAACAUAAGGUUCAAAUAUAUCUUUGCUUGCAUCUUGAUCACCUUUGUCACAUCAUGUAUAAUCAGCAUAUCUCCCAUCAGUAUUGAUGAAUGCAAGUGCGAGGCAAACGCUCAGCCAAGUCAGCAUCUCAAGCAAGUAACUGACGAGAUUAAUGGACAUAAAAAGAAAUCGGAGCAUCAAUUGGCCAUACUAGUGCCAUUUAGGGAUCGUUUUGAAGAAUUAUUGAUAUUUGUACCACAUAUGCAGAAAUUCCUAGACAAGCAGAAUCUGGAUUAUCAUAUAUUUGUAUUGAAUCAGGUGGACAGAUACAGAUUCAAUCGUGCAUCUCUCAUAAAUGUAGGCUUCCUUGAAACAGAGAAAACAUUUGAUUACAUUGCAAUGCACGAUGUAGAUCUAUUGCCUAUGAACGAUCAGUUAUCCUAUGCAUAUCCAAGUGUAGGACCUCAUCAUAUAUCAUCACCAGACUUGCAUCCUCGAUAUCAUUAUUUUACUUUUAUCGGCGGUAUACUACUCAUUAAAAGAGAACAUUUCAUACAAGUAAAUGGAAUGUCUAACAAAUAUUGGGGAUGGGGUCUCGAGGACGACGAAUUUUAUGUUAGACUAAAAGAGGCUGGCUUAAUCGUCAGUCGUCCACAGAAUAUAUCAACAGGAACGCAUAAUACAUUUAAGCAUAUACAUGAUAGAAAUCAUAGAAAGAGAGAUAUGACGAAGUGUUAUAAUCAACGAGAGGUUACCAGAAAACGAGACCGGCAAACUGGCUUGAAUAACGUCUCGUAUAAAAUACUCGAUACAAUCAAGAUGACUAUAUCAGAUACUUCCCUGACGGUGAUUAAUAUUUCUCUGCUCUGCGACAAAUCAAGCACACCUUGGUGCGAAUGUGAGAAACUAGUCGGAUCGAAGGAUCAAGGGAGGUCGAAGGAAAAAAAGAAGACUAAUAAUAGUAAACUCGCCACUGGAUUGUAAUUAUAAUCUUAGUAAUUUAAUUGUUGAAAAUAUUAUAAAAUGUACUCAAACACAACCUUCACAUUCUUCCAUUUUUUAUGUAUUCAAUUUAGAUAAAAAUAAAAUAGUUCCCUAUAGUUCAUUCAUAUACAUUGUUCACACAAGA